GGUCGGGUCCAGCAAGAGCCCCAUAAUCAGAUCCAGUCUGGCACUGUGAAUAUUCUACAAACAACCUCCUCUUUGUGUAAACUGGACUAUUUCACUUACUGAAGGUGUUCCAACAUGAUAAUAGAGGGAUGGAGUUUCCAGAGCCUCUUUUGCUUGACGAAGAGCUUGAAAAUCAAUGCAACGAAAUAAGAGCUAUUGCUUCAAAGAAUUGGUUGAGUUCAACUCACAGUUCCUUGCAGCACUUAGACAAAAUCAAGACCUCUAUUUACAAUGUUGGAAUUCACGAUCCGAAGGAGCUUAAAGCUACCAAUUUAUCCUCGCGAGGACAGAGGAGCCAGAGUUUUACAGAUUUAGCUGUUGAUCCAAAUGCACCACCACUAUCACUCCAGCAAAAUGCUAUUGCAUGGGGGAGUAAUGCAUCCAUUCCUGACCUUCUGGCUCAACAUAGUGCUAGAUCUCAGACAAAUGAGAGACUAUCGUCUCGCCGAACUCGUCCCUCAAGUGGUAAAAAACUUCGACCACAGAGUGCUAAAGAAUCAGGAAGUCGCCAAGGGUCACAGCUCCCGCCAAAAGCUCCCAGUAUUGGAGUAAAGGGAGCUCGAGUGGACCCCACAGGGAGGCCCCCAAAGUUUGUCCCCCACACCUCCACUGGGUGGGUGGGGCCACCAGCUGGUCUUAAAUUUGCUGAUGAUUUUCAAACAGAUAUACCCAAUGACAAAACAACCUCUUGGAGUUCUACCCCACCAGUACCUGCAGGCACUCCUAUUCCCUCAGAAUUUGAUCAUCAUGGAGACUCAGUGUUGGGUGAUCACAACACUGACAGGAAUGAAGACAAGACCCCAGAGCCGCCCAAACCCCCCUCCCUCGAGUUGAUUCAUUUCUCACUCCCCAGGAUGGAAGAUGAUUAUGAUGAGGAAGACAGCGAUCUAGACACAGAAAGACUUCUGUCCAAGGCAGAAAUACAUGCACCAUCACCUGCUGGAUUUAACUAUACACACAGUACCACUCAUAAUUCAUCAAGUGGUCCCCUACAGGCCAGCAAUCAAGAGGAUGAUUUCAAAGCUGUUACAAUUCCUGAAGAGCAAAAUAAUAAAAACACUGUGUCAGUUAAGUUUGAUUUGGAUGAUGAUGAUGAUGAAAAUGAUGAUUUAGAAGAUGACUGGGAUGAGGAGUUGGCAGAUCUUCAUCAUGAGGAAAGUUUACCCUUUGUCGUUCCAACAGAAAAAACCUCAGUUAAGUUUAGAGAAGAUAAGAAUGUGACAAUUGAUAUAACUCCAAGAAACUUAGGCUACAAAGUAGCAGAUUUGGAUUUUCAUACAAAGAAAAAGCAUAUUUCACCAAAGGAUGAUGAACUUCAGUCAUUUUUAUCAGUCAGAAGUACAGGUCCAACCAAGAGUCAAUUAGCUGAGAGUAACCAUGGUAACAAACACACUGCAGAAGUUAAAUCUAGUCAACAGAGCUACACAGAAAAGCCAAGACCUUUGAGUUCUGUUUUGAAGAAUAGAACCGAAGUCCAUGACACUAAAUGUGAAAAAAGACUGACCCAGGAAAGACCCAAAUCUGCAAACAAGCCGUCCACGCCAGUUGCCAUGGUUACUGUUGCUUAUAGUGAUAUGGAAAAUGCAAAGAAAACGUCUAAAUCAAAGUCCAGAAAAAAGCAUUCAGAAAAAGAUGUGAUUACAAUGGUGCAGACAGUACAAUCAGAAAGUGAAGAUGAAGAAGAUAGAAAACUGGAAGAUGGAAGUGGAGACAAAAUCACGCCUGACAAACUUGAGUCUUGGAUGCCAACAAAGUGUGUAUCAGAUCCCCCGAAGAACUACUACGAAUUAUCACGGAAGUCAGCCUCAGUACAGAGUCAUGUCCGCGAAGUCUCUCCUCCAUCAUCUUCUCAUGUGUACAAGACAACCAAGACCAUCGAGUUUGAUGAAUACAAGCCCAAGGAGACUUCCAUUAAGAGUGUGAUUGAUAACAGUGCUCUGUUGAAGAGUCGAGACAAAGAGAGAUUCGUUGGUCUAGAGGAAGGAGGCAGACUUAGGGCCAGGCUGUCCAGUGAGCACCCCCCUCAUCUGACCCCCAAGGACAGGCCAGCGAACAGACCAAGAAGUGCAAUGAUUCAGAAAACCAAAUCCAAUACUGACAUGGAGCAUUCUUUCACAAAAGGUGCACAUGUGACAGCACACGCAGAAAAAACUGGUGCAAAGAGGAUGCUGCGAAGACCCCUUUCUGCACCAAGUCAAAGAAAGGCUCUAGAGUUCUUGGAAAAAGAGGAAAACAAAAGAAAUGAAGGAGCUCAGGAGAAUCAAAAUAUCUCCAUUGAUACGAAACCUGUUUUAAGUGAAAAGGAAAAAGAGAUAGAAAACCUCAUAAACAAACAUCUACGCAGAAAUAACUUGGCUUCUCUGUCAUCCAGACCAGUGGUCCAUGAGAAUGCGCACUUAAAACUUGAGGAACCAGAAGUGGCUUUGACUGAGGAGGAGACGAAUGUUGAUGUCUCAGAGGUCACAGAUAAUACACCUAGUGAGGCAGAAAAGGUGAUUGAAACAAACACUCCAUCAUCAGCCGGCAAACCAAAGACAGUCAGCAGAAAGACAAAGAAAAACUAUGAGGACGUAGAAACACUUGUUAGUGGGAAAUGUCAACAUUCAGAAAAGACAGAGAGUUCAAAAGAAAAUAAGGUCAACCGAAUGGUGCUGAAAAUGGCGGAAACCCAGGUCAAUGCCAAGCUAUCAGACAACACAAGACAUUAUGCCUCCUACUCCCGGAGUCGAGUGCGCUCUGCUCCCAUCAGAAGGGUAUCAUCAGAGCCCAAAGUCAGAUACACAAAGCCUCUCUUCAUCCACUCCAAAAUUCCAGAUGAUGAUGUGGUCACGGAGAAUGAAAUUGAGGCUCAUCUUAUUCAUGAACGACUCGCUUCUGACAAUGUGUACAUCAGACCAGAAACACUAGAGAGAGCUCUUUAUCCACCAUCUGGAAAAACUUUGUAUUAUGACAUCGAGAACAAGUUACCUAGAUCUACCUCAGCAAGUUUGCUAAGUCAUCCUAAGGUCUGGCUUCCAGUGGAAUACAAACAGUUUAAGUUAGCUGAGAAAAACUUAAAUAGGGCAAAUGAAAUCAUUCGCAGACAGGAACUGGCAGAAGAAAGGAAAGCUAGACUGGCAGAGCUAGGAUCAGUCGCCAAGAAAAAGAAAGGAAAGAAAGGGAAGAAACAAGGGACUGGAAAGAAGAAAGGGGAGACAACUGUAAAGAAAAAGUCCAUAUGUUGAUGUUGUGAUUUUGGGUCAAAACUUUUAGUUCGUAGCCAUAGGCAGCUUAUAAUUUUUCUAUCAUGCAUCACAUGGAUUCAUGUCUUUGAAACCUCAAUUAUCUAUUUAUUUACAAUUGACCCCUGCCACUUAUUUUUGAAUUAAUAAUUUUAAGAAAGUGACUUUUUACGCACAUUACAACUAAUUACAGAAGCCUUGCAAUAUAUAUUUACUUAUUUUGAUUUUUGAUAUAUAUGGAAACCAUGAGAUAACACCUUUACAUGUGCAUUCCUGCAUGUACGUGUAUUACAGCCACAAAUACUGGUAUGCAGUUAUGUUAUGCUUUGUUAGAAAGAGCAUAUGGUGACUGUGAUGUAAAUAACUGAUUGCAGUUAUAUCUUAUGAUCUGUAGUCUUGUUUUUGUUGUAUGAUCCUCAAUUUACAAAUGCUGUGAUAUAAAACAAAUGGCCUAACAUUCAAUUAUCUGCCUUAUAGAUUAUUCAUUUAUCAGCCUUACUGUUUGUUUUUUAUGCCUUUUACGCAUGUCAUAAAAUAUGGACAUGCAUUAUGGCCUUUUUAGUAUUUUUCUUGUCUUAUCUUUUAUUUUUUAAGUUGUUAACUUCAGCAGUACCUCAUGCCUUAGUUUUUGGUACAUAUACUAUAUUGUAUAUCAUUAGCCAUGUUUUUGUUGUGAAAAGAUUUUAUUUAGUACAUAUAAUGUACAUGUAUUUUAGUAGGCAAUAGAAUCUCAUGUAUACCCACUUCUGAUACAGGGUGCUUGCCUAUAUAUGUCAUUGCAGACACUAUCAACAUUUACUUUUACCAUUGUAGUCUUGUUCACAGGGUGUUAGUCACAAAGGCAGUAUUAUUUAUAAAUUAUAACAUUUUUAAAAUGGGUUCACUUAUAUGCAUUGUAUUAAUUGAUUUGCAAAUGCUAACAUGUGUAACAGGAUAUGUCAACUUCAAAAUUGGUGAAUGCUUGAAUGAACUGUCCUUUAUUUCUUUAAAAAAUUAAAACGAAUUGUUACAUGUUGUGCAUGUACUAACGAUUGUUUACAAUGCACCAAUAGUUUCUUUUUAUGGUGCAAUGCUUUGCGAUGUACUUAAAGAACCUUAGCAAAUGUGUUAUGCAUGUACAUAUAUUAUCACAAAUAGAACUGCAGUAUUGAAAUCUAUGCAUUUAUUUGUAUAGACAUUUAUAAUACAUUAUUUGCUUCAUAGUGCUAAAAUAUUAGGACUUUCCAUUGUUUGUAUAUAUGUUAAAAAAAAAUAAAAUGUCUGGACAAGUC